UGCAUAUCAUUACAAUGAGAAUGUCAGGGUUUCAGAUGUGUGCUUGCACUGAUAGUAAGUAUCAUCACUGUCACUUGUGUGCUCUGCAAGGUUCUCACUGGCACUGUGUGUGUUGUGGAGAAAUGAGGCCCAAUAACCUUGAAGCUAUAUGUCUUAUUCUUGGGGAUGCCAUGCAUGUUCCAUUGGGGGUGAUCUGUCAUCUCUUUCAGCACUCCAGGCAUGACCAGUUCUUGAGGGGGGUGAGUUGGUGUCCUAUUUUUGGGUUCACCUGGUCCCAGAUUUUCGACACACCAUUGACUAUAUCCCUGUCUGUCAUUGAGCAGCUGAAAAAUGUCAUGUCCUCAUUAACACCUGCUGUUGACAACAGCACUCACUAUGAAGUCUCUGACAGCGAUGACAUCCAGAUCUCCAGUACACAAUACCUCUUUGCCCCUGAUGUCAAAAUCUCGAUGACAUGUGUUGAGGUUGGGAUGAGGCUUUAUGUUGUAGUGCAACCCACUCAUUUGACACUGGUGAACAUUCACACAGAAGAUGACCUACAGGACAUUAUCCAUGUCUUAUUGGUAUUGGCUACAUGCUUCCCAGUGGUUGGAACUUCCACAAGUCAUACCAGUGCUUAAAAUACUUGAAUCUCUCCUAUUUUAGGGAGAGCAUGUGUUGUGGGGUGUAUUUCAUUCGACUAUGUCCUGGCUCCUAUCCAUUUGUAAUAUGACAUGCUCCACAUCCCCUUUCU